AUGGCGCCAAAUAAACGACCGCAUAACACAGUUACUCUUGCGGAGAAAUGUAAAAUAUUAGAUUUUCUUGAUAAGGUGGGAAGCAUACGCAGGGUGGCUGAGAAAUUUAAUGUACCAAAAUCAACUGUAAGUGAUAUAAAGAAAAACAAAACUAAAAUAAGAAGAUUUGUGUCGGAGUCAUUCAGUGGAGCAGGUAAAAGGCAGGUUAUCCGAAAGGGAGAACAUCCCGAAGUUGAAGCUGCUUUAUAUAAGUGGUUUCUACAGCAGCGUAGUGCUCAUGUACCUGUUUCUUCUGAUAUCUUACGAACGAAAGCUAAACAAUUUUAUGAAAGAAUAACUGGGAAGAGUGAUUUUUUAGCGAGUUCAGGUUGGCUUGACAAAUUUAAGAAAAGGCACGGAAUACGCUUUCUUAAAGUGUGUGGUGAAAAACUUUCCAGUGAUGUAAGUGCUAUAGUACCUUUUCAAGAAAAAUUUCUAGCUGUGGUUAAUGAAAUGAAGCUAAGUCGUGACCAAGUUUAUAAUGCUGAUGAAUCAGCGGCCUUUUGGAGAGCCUUGCCGGACACUACAUGGGUUCAUAGUCAGGAACAAUCAGCACCAGGGCGAAAAAUAUCUAAAGAUCGCGUAACAUUCAUGCCCUGUUGCAAUGCGGCUGGAACUCAUAAGUUACCCCUUUUAGUUCUUGGAAAAUCCGCAAAUCCAAGGGCAUUUAAGAAUGCUACUUUACCUGUUAAAUACAAGGCAACCAGCAAAGGUUGGAUGACCAGGACAUUGUUCUUCGAAUGGUUUAAGACUUGCUUUAUACCAGACGUCAAACGUUUUUUAUCGGAUGUUAACCGACCUCAUAAAGCAUUAUUACUUGUAGAUAAUGCUCCAUCUCAUCCACCUGAGACAGAAAUAAAUUUCGAUCCUGAUUUCAGAGUCAUGUUUUUGCCGCCCAACUGCACAGCAGUUUUACAGCCAAUGGAUCAAAACUUAAUCCAAAACAUAAAAGUAGCAUAUAGAAAGAGGCUACUAAAUCACAUUAUCGCUCACGAAGGUGACGAUUUAGUUACAGUUUUAAAGCAAUUUAAUUUAAAAGAUGCACUUGUUAAUCUAGAUAUUGCUUGGAAGUUGAUAUCUGAAAAAAAUAUCCAAAAAAGUUGGAUAGCAUUAUGGCCGAACCAAAGAACUGAUGCAGAAGAAGAGGAAUCUGAUGAAGAAAACAUUCCACUUUCAGAACUUCAAAGACGACUUUGUCAAAUAAACGAGGAAGAUUUAAAAACCAUUACCGCUUCCUUGCUUGUGAUAGAUCCUGAAAACAGUUUGAAUCGGGAAGAAAUUGUUGAAUGGGCUUUAGGCAAAAAUGAAGUCAUUGUUGAUUUGACUGAAGAGGAGGUAAUAGGUGAUGCGCUAAAAUCUAAGGAUGCAGAGAGCAAUGAUUUAGAUGGAGAUACUGAGAUUAUUGCCACUAAAGUGAAACACAGCGAUGCUGUGAAAGCAUUAACAUUGGGAAUUCAGUGGGCUGAAGAAAACUACUUACCAAUGCACGAAAUAUUGCUUUUAAAGAACGUCAAAGAGAAAGCGAUUGAAUUAGCAAGCUCUAAGCUAAUGAAAAUAUUUUUUUGGACUUUAAAACCUGUUCCGUUGGGUUGUCUCCCUGGAUACACCUAUGGAACAUAUAAAGAUCAUAUGUAA